UAUUUGCGUGAUGGUGUACGGUUUGACUUUUUGUUUGACGUAAAUUAAUCGUGGUGUAGUAAAUAUGGCUGACGAACUCAAUGUUGACAGUCUUAUUCACAGACUUUUAGAAGUUCGAGGAUGCAGGCCAGGGAAGACUGUGCAGAUGUCGGAAUCGGAGGUGCGCGGUCUCUGCACCAAGUCGAGGGAGAUAUUUCUUCAGCAACCAAUAUUACUGGAGCUGGAGGCACCAUUGAAAAUUUGUGGUGAUAUUCAUGGACAGUACACAGAUUUGCUGCGUCUCUUCGAAUAUGGCGGAUUUCCACCGGAAGCCAAUUAUUUAUUUUUAGGCGAUUACGUUGAUCGUGGGAAACAAUCACUUGAGACCAUAUGCCUUCUGCUUGCAUACAAAAUAAAAUAUCCAGAAAACUUCUUUCUGCUGCGAGGCAAUCAUGAAUGUGCGAGUAUAAACCGUAUUUAUGGUUUCUAUGAUGAAUGCAAACGCCGUUACAACAUAAAGCUGUGGAAGACAUUCACGGAUUGCUUCAACUGUCUGCCGAUAGCAGCCAUCAUUGAUGAGAAGAUAUUCUGCUGCCAUGGCGGCCUCUCGCCCGAUCUUCAGGGCAUGGAGCAGAUCAGACGGAUAAUGAGACCUACAGAUGUCCCUGAUACAGGUCUGCUGUGCGACCUGCUGUGGUCGGACCCCGACAAGGACGUGCAGGGCUGGGGCGAGAACGACCGCGGCGUGUCCUUCACCUUCGGCCCCGACGUCGUCAGCAAGUUCCUCAACAGACAUGAUUUGGAUUUGAUCUGCAGAGCUCAUCAGGUGGUGGAGGACGGCUACGAGUUCUUCGCGAAGCGCCAGCUGGUGACGCUGUUCUCUGCGCCCAACUACUGCGGCGAGUUCGACAACGCCGGCGGCAUGAUGUCCGUUGACGAGACUCUCAUGUGCUCUUUCCAGAUAUUGAAGCCGUCUGAGAAGAAGGCGAAGUACCAGUACAACGGCAUCAACAGCGGGCGGCCGGCCACGCCGCAGCGCUCGCCGCCCAAGAAGAAAUAACUCACGUUUGGCAUCCAGUGUGCUGUGCAGUGACAAUGAUACAUACGUUUCAUUAUCUAUUUUAUUAUAUGUUUAACGUAGUCCACAAGGCCGGAUAAAACAUCAUUACAAACAAAUUAUUUAUCAAUUUGCUUGUGCCUUCUUAUUUUUAUUUUGUAAUGUAGCGAGUGAUAUUUACAGAUUUAGUUAACAGUGUGAUGUUUUAUUCGGCGAUGGUUUCAGACUACAGCUUUUUCGAUCCCCGAAUGUUAGCUUCCAUCGGAUGCGAGUUGAGUUGACACUAUUGAUGUUUUAGACAAAUUGUUAUGUUGUUGAACUUAGGAUAGUUCCGAAGGUUGCAUUGGACAUGAAGCCACAUUAAAUAUAUUAUGUUUAAGUUGUAGUGGAAUCAAAGCGCUCCGCUUUGUCUAUCAUUGUGUAACUAAAGUGCCUACGACUGUAAAGUAUAUAGGACUCGUAAGUAACGAUGAUUGGUUCGAUUAAAAAUUUUAGUUCAAUAAAAUUAAGAAUUGCCUUCCUUUCGAAAAUUUAGUCAUAUGUUUUGUUUAGUGUUAAUUUUAUUUAUUUCAAAAAGGAACUUGUUUUGGAGCUGGCCUAAGUAAAGCCUUCAUCGGAGAUAGCUGGACCUUAUUAGGAUUUCAUUGCAGCUCUUAUUAUUCAGCGGGUGUGCCGAUGCUCCCAGUGAAAUUAAUGUUAAUUUGCACUCAGUAUUAAUUUGAAUAUGAAAUAAGUAGAUUGGAUAAAUUGGCAAGUAGCCGGCCCACUGAGGCUACCUUCAUGUAGUAGGUCUCCGAGUGUCAGCGGAUGCAAGGUUAGAAGUGUAGUCCUCGCAACAAUAGUGCAAUUGCUGUCUUACGAUUAUAUUUAAAUUAUAUGCAGUUUUGCAUUGUACAAUUUUAAUUAUUAGCUAUAGCUAAUUUUAAUAUAUUACUUAUAAUAUAUUAAAAUAUCAAUAUUCAAUAAAUAUUGCUAAUUAAAAUAAGAAGUUUAUUUUUGUUUUUCUUUUUUCAUUUAGAUUUGCAUUUAUGGAGAUAUUUCUACUUGUUUUUGCAUACAAAUUAUAACAUUACUAAUAAAAUCUUGAGAAUACUUUUCAUUAUUUCGAAAUCACAGUUUGCUAUUUUUAAUUUUGCUUUUUAAAUGUAUGAAUUCAAAGUUUAUUCUCGUUUUUGUCUACUUGUAAGCUAUUAACUAGUAACUUGUGCUGAAAUUAGAUUUAUGUGAUUUCACUUUAUUAUUACACUUAAAGUUAUUAUUCUCUAUUUUCAUCUACACUUAUAAAUGAAUAGUUUCAAACAUUAUUGAGUUUAAUAUACUUAGAAUAUAAAUUUUUUGUUGUAAUUUUCUCAGGUGUGUACAAUUUUCUGAAAUAUAAAUUUUACUC